UUAGAACAACAGCCACUUUUGUGGGAGCCCAAGAACAACAGCUUUUAAAACUGAGGGUAAAUAUUCAGGCUUCAUUAGGAUCCUGAAUACAAGCCAGCUGAUAAAAUAUGGGGUCUACUCAGAAGGGCACAGUCUAUCAGACGGUCAAGACAAGUAAAACUGGAUCCAAGGUAGCGGUUUCAGCACAGAGAAGGGCUGAGGUUUCUAUGGGCACAAGCCCUCAGCGGGGACAUGGGUACAUUCUUACCUCAGGCCAGCGAAAUGCUGCAGUCUCCCUGAGCCCUUCCCAGCGAAGAUCAGAAGCUGCACAUCUCACCACUCCCCAUUCGGCAUCAGACUAUCCUCGAUCUUUCUCCCCCAAGUCAGGGCCCAGUGUCUCUGCAGUACCCAUCCCUCGGGGAACUGAGUCGCGUUCAAGAAAGGAAGGAUCCCGCCAUUCCUCUCCUUGUCAAAAGAGCCAGCGGAUGCCAACUUCCCAUUCUGUAAGCAUACAUCAGAAUGUUAGUCCAGUCAGAGAGGAAGCAACACGAAGACAUGGUGAGACCAAGCCAUCAUGUGAGGUCGGCCAUCAUGCCUCAUCAACCCCAGAUGCCAAAUACGUUCGUCGGUUGAAUUUUCUAGACCACAAGUAUAACUUACAAUCACAAAUCUUACAAGAUGACCCGCCUUCCAAGAUCCAGAACCCCCAAGGGGUCAGAGUUCCCCGUAGGAUUUCAGCUUGCCCAAAGGAUGAAGCAGUACAAACUGAGCCCAUCCAAAGGAUUUUGACUACUAGUGAGGUCAGAUCUCCAAGAAGUCCGUCUAGCCCAGAGCAUGGCAGCAGCUGUGUCUAUGAACAUCGGACAGUCCAGAGAAGGAAACCUGGAGAAGAGCCAGAAACAGGUCCUCGCUGCUCAGUUCUUCCAGACUCCAAGGCCUUGUAUAAGAAUACAAACUUGGACUCAUCCCCCAAAUUCUCUAUCCUUAGGGAUUUGGAUAGUAGACACCGAGUUUCUGUGAGACUAGAUCCUGAGAUUCUCCAAAAGCAUUAUGUCUAUUCCGAAACCAAGCCCUCUGCAAAAGUCUUAAGAUCAUCAGAGGUGGAGUCCAACUUGAGGUCCCCAAUCCGAGGAGACAGUGAGGUUGGCCGCAGAGUCACCAUCUCCCCAGGGGGACAGCCAGUACAGUCAACUCACUGUACGACAGCUCAGUCAGCAUCUGGGAGCCCCGGCAGAUCUUCCAUGUUUGUCACUCCAGAGCCCAUCUAUAAACAGCAAAGCCAAAGACCCAGAGAAAGUAUCUAUAUGUCCUCAGGACCCUCACGAAAGCCCUCCAUCCAUGCAGAACUGGAACUGACUCCUCGGCCCUUGCCACCUAGGUCCUUACCUAGGUAUGAACCUGACUCCUCAUGGUGGGACUUACUGAAUCCUGAAGUUGAAACGCCACAAAGCCAGCCAACAACACCUGAUUUUGAGCCUAAGUCCCCUUCUUCCAUAGACGCUUUAUUGUCCCAUUUUAAAACGGACUCAAGCCCUUUCUAUGAGGAUGUCAUGUUCCAGAGAGAGAAGGAAAGCCCACCACCACCAAAGGAUUCUCCAAGUUGGGCACCACUGAGGGAAGUGCCACAGGCCGCCAAGUACACCUGCAAACAACCCAUUCAAAGGUUUAGUGCUUUCUUCCUGGAUGUCUCUGAGGAAAUGUACAAUCGUGUCAUCUGGUGGCUGAAAGAUGAGGAGAUCAAGCGUUUCCUGGAGGACACCACGGAUGAUGGAGAACUGAGCAAGUUUGUGAAGGAUUUCCCAGGAAGCGAGAGCUGCCACACACCGGAGGCUAAAGCCUGGGUGUCCAAGCCCCAAAUCCCGGCGCCAAGGCCCCACACCCCAGACGUCUGUGAUGAUGACCUGGAGUUCAGACCCCCCUCGUGGCCCCAGUCCUCUGACAGCCAGCAGUACUUCUGUGCCCCAGCCCCUCUCAGCCCCUCAGCCCGGCCCCGCAGCCCAUGGGGCAGGCUCGAUCCCUAUGAUUCUUCUGAGGAUGACAAGGAGUAUGUGGGCUUUGCGACCCUACCCAACCAAGUCCACCGAAAGUCUGUGAAGAAAGGCUUUGACUUUACCCUCAUGGUGGCAGGAGAGUCUGGCCUGGGCAAAUCCACUCUUGUCAACAGCCUCUUCCUCACUGACCUGUACCGGGACCGGAAACUGCUAAGUGCUGAAGAGCGGAUUAUGCAAACCGUGGAGAUCACUAAGCAUGCAGUGGACAUAGAAGAGAAGGGCGUGAGGCUGCGGCUCACCAUUGUGGACACACCAGGUUUUGGGGAUGCAGUCAACAACACAGAGUGCUGGAAGCCUGUGGCAGAAUACAUUGACCAGCAGUUUGAGCAGUAUUUUCGAGAUGAGAGUGGCCUGAACCGAAAGAACAUCCAAGACAACAGAGUGCACUGCUGCCUGUACUUCAUCUCACCCUUCGGCCACGGGCUCCGGCCGUUGGAUGUUGAAUUCAUGAAGGCCCUGCAUCAGCGGGUCAACAUCGUGCCUAUCCUGGCUAAGGCAGACACACUAACACCUCCUGAAGUGGACCACAAGAAACGCAAAAUCCGGGAAGAGAUUGAGCACUUUGGAAUCAAGAUCUAUCAGUUCCCAGACUGUGACUCUGAUGAGGACGAGGACUUCAAAUUACAGGACCAAGCCCUAAAGGAAAGCAUUCCAUUUGCAGUAAUCGGCAGCAACACUGUUGUAGAAGCCAGAGGGCGGCGCGUUCGGGGUCGACUCUACCCCUGGGGCAUUGUGGAAGUGGAAAACCCCGGGCACUGCGACUUCGUGAAGCUGAGGACAAUGCUGGUGCGUACCCACAUGCAGGACCUGAAGGAUGUGACACGGGAGACACAUUAUGAGAACUACCGGGCACAGUGCAUCCAGAGCAUGACCCGCCUGGUGGUGAAGGAAAGGAAUCGCAACAAACUGACUCGAGAGAGUGGUACCGACUUCCCCAUCCCUGCUGCCCCACCAGGGACAGAUCCAGAAACUGAGAAGCUUAUCCGAGAGAAAGAUGAAGAGCUGCGGCGGAUGCAGGAGAUGCUACACAGAAUCCAAAGACAGAUGAAGGAGACCCAUUAACUGGCUUUUAGCACUGGAUAUUUAAAUCUCCUCCUCUUCUUCCUGUCCAUGCCGGCCUCUCCCAGCACCAGCUCUGCUCAGGCCCCCGAAGCUACUGCCACUUCGCCUUACAUCCUUGCUGACUCCCCAGAGACUCAGAGGAAAUAAAGUUUAAUAAAUCUAUAGGUGG